AUGAAAUUUGAAUUAUUACCAAAUGAAAUUUUCAUUGAAAUCUUUGAAUUUCUUCGUAUAUUUGAUAUAUUUUAUUCAUUUAAUCAGUUAAAUGAUCAUUUUAAUAAACUUAUUGGGACCAUUCCAUCACAUUUUAAUUUUAAGUAUAUUCAAAAAACAAGAUUUGAUCGAUUUUGUAAAUUGUUAUUAUCAAAUCUUGAUGUAAAAAAUCAAGUUUAUUCAUUAGUAUUAUCAAAUAAAGAUACACCUGUUGAAGAAAAUAUUUUACAAAAAUUAAAAUCAAUAUUACCUUUAAUACCACAAUUACAUUCUUUUCAUUUACUUGAUUCCAAUGAUAUUCAUCUAACUCAUCCAUUAAUAUCUAAUUUACAAAUAUUAUCAAUUUCAACAUUAUCAUCAAUUAAUAACCUUUCAUAA